AUGGGACGGCCGUCGAAGUCGCCUCAAGAAACAUCGACCGUCGAGGCAGCAUCUCGACCUUCUGCCUCGAUUUCUGAUUUUAUGCAGAUCAAAUUCCGGGAUUUCCUCAUGUACAGUCGCUUUCUUGACCACAAUCCCGCCAUCCUCCUGUCUCCAGAUUUGGAGAGCUUUCUCGAUACUGCAGUCCGGGCCAGAGAAUCCGGGGAUUCCAUGCUGUCGCUGCGAUGCAUUGAACGCUAUGUGAUCCUCAAAGCAUGCACGAACUUGUCGCCUGCAGACCGUCACGACUACUUUGCUUCGCUGGAAGAUUCUAAGAAACCAAACUGGCGAGAAUAUGACAAUCACUUCAAGAGUGUUUCGGAGGAAGUGGGCCGGCGACUUCAACAAGGCUCAAACUCCCUUCAGCAGUAUCAACACCAGAAUGCAGCAGAUGAACGUGCGUCUAGCAGUGCUUUGUAUACUGACCGUGGCGUUUCCUCUGCGUCGUAUGCGAGAUCGUUCGUUCCCCAGGUUAACUUUGCCCCUAUGCGCACGCCAUUUGCCUAUUCACCGCCAACAGCAUUCUCAGCAGGAGUGCCAGGAAGUGGCCUGCCGUCUGAUGGAAGCUUCCGCGGCAUGAGUGCUUUCGAAAUGCCGAACCGAGCCUACGCCACAAUGGGAACAGAAACGCAACCGGCGACAUUUGCGGGGCCACUCUCCUGCACAAGCACGAAUUAUCAGCAAGACGCAAGAAGAUCUCGAGCUUAUACGAGAUCUGCCCAUUCUUAUGAUGAUCAUGACUACAAACACAAGGUCCCCACUGUUGGCGGAAUUGACAAUGUCCAAUAUAGGGGUAUCAAGGAAAACCAGCGAGCAGCAGAUUCUCAAAAGCUUGAUGAUCGUUAUAUUUUGCGCACAGACGGUGCGGACUUCUUUUCCGAAGGCCGGGUGUUUUCUUUAAUGUGCCACGAGCCCUUGGGUCUCAAGCCCGGAGAGGAGCCCGCUUGUCAUGUGAACUCCCCAGAAGUGAGUGUCGGGCCGAAGGGGACGCUCAUCCACAGCAAGAUCAGACGGAUGGUCGUCACCAAGAAACGUCAAGGGUACUCGAUCUGCGUACCUAUCAAUUCUUAUGGCGGGCACGGAGUUGGAAAGAAGAAGAUGGGCUCGGAGAAGCAAGCUCACGCAAUUGCGUAUCCAAGCUAUCUCGACUCGGCUCCUGGGUCACUCCCAGGGGAGCCUCAGUUCAGCAAGACGCCGAUCGCCAUCGAUCUCCAUAAAGAUCACACUUUGGAUCCUGCUAGCCGCAUCCAUUUCGGAAAGGUACAAUCCAUUGAGUGGAAUGUCAAAGUCAUGGACAUUGGCCGUAUUGCUCGAAGGUCUGUGGCAGACUUUGAGGAAUACUGGGCCGAAGAGUACCGCCCGCCCGGCAAACAACAAGUUGACGCCAGCACAUCACGUUAA